AUUCGGUCCAUUUAAAUUUAGUGUUUUUUCUCACGCAAUCUCGAAGUAGAAAACGUUGUAUACCUUUACUCAAUCAUCUCUUGAUUGAAUGAUUCUGAAAGAGAUAUUCAGAAAAAAUUAUGCAGACUGUGUGGUGUGUGCCAAACCAAGUAGAACAAGUCGAGUGAGAUUUGAAUGGGCUCUGAGAUGGGCUUUGUAUGUAUUUCCUAGCGACGUGGACUACAAUUUUACAACCUUCACAAUGAAACGAAAACCGUGACGUUUUGUCGUAAGAGAAGAAAGGCUUGCUAUUCAACGGAAUCAGCUGCCUCGGUGCCGUGGCAAGUCCUGAUUGGUCGUUUCUCCGCCGUGUGUAUAGCUUUACAUAUCCACUGAGGGAAAACAAAACUUUCUCUCCGUCCUCCGUUCACCGCCGCGACUCGGCUGUAUAUUACAUUUUGGGCAUCUCAUGUGUUUAGAGGACUCAAUGUCUGGGGCAGAGGAUGAUAGAUCUUCCCAUGCUCAGCUUUCGUCCCAGGUUUUCCUUGAUCUUGUGGAUUCAGUGAUUGCCGAUGUAGCAUCCGAGUGUCACCGUAUAGCGCGACUAGGGCUUGACCGUGAUUUGGAGGUAGUAGAAGAAGAGUUGAGGUUAUCAGUGGAAGCGCGUGCUAAGGUCGCUGAUCCAAGCAACAACCUAGAAACCAACAGCAAAUAUGUUGUUGAUAUAUUUGGUCAGACUCACCCUCCCGUAGCUAGUGAAGUGUUCAACUGCAUGAACUGUGGACGGCAAAUCGUUGCAGGAAGGUUUGCUCCUCAUCUGGAAAAAUGCAUGGGGAAGGGAAGAAAGGCUCGUGCCAAGGCGACCAGGAGCACAACGGCUGCCCAGAACCGGAACUCACGACGCAGCCCAAAUCAACGAUAUUCUCCUCAUCCCAAUCUUGGUAGCGAGAACCAGUUAGCAAGUGAGGACUGCUCAAAUGGCACAGUUCGAGAAAACGGGAAAGGGGAAUGAAGCACAUUCUAUAUCAGAGGCUUAUCCUAAACUGCAAUAUCCUAAACUGCAAUAUCCUAAACUGCAAUGUGGCUAGUAACUGACUCGACCAGACUGGUAUAAAUCGUAUUGCUAGGUUUGUAUUCAGUUUGCAAAAAGAGAGGAAGAAAUCGAAAAGUAAGUUGCUGAGGUUCAUAAUGUAGCUUUUUUACCAGGUUAACAGCCUUGGCAUGUCAAUCUACAGAUUGAAAUGAAAUAGUUUUUUGGGUAUCAA